AUGAGACCUCGCCGCCUGGUCCGCGCAAGGUCUGCCGGAGGGGAAGGCGACAGCGGCGUCUCCACCGGUCGAUUCUCCAAUGUGGGUGGAGAUUCAUUCGGUCGUGAGCUCGGAUAUGCUGUAAUUUUUUAAUUUCGACCGUGGUGGAUUCUGAUUCUUUUCUCCUCGAUCGGCGCAGGUGGUCGAUGUUUUGCACCUGGUUGUUUCCCUCGGGUUGAUCCUGGCGAUGGAUAAGUUUCUGAAGCGAACUUUCGCGGCCGCGGCUAUCAAGCUCCCCAGCUCCCUCUUCGGGAUGUUCUGUGUUUUCACCGUCCUGAUUGUCUUGGACGUCACCGUUCCGUCCGCCGCCAAGAGAUUUAUGGAUUUCUUUGAGCCGGGAACGCUGUUCAUCCGGAGGUGGCUUCCGCUGUUCUACGUGCCUUCAUUGGUUGUUUUGCCUCUGGCAGUGAGGGACAUCCCCCCCGCUGCGGGGCUCAAAAUUUGCUUUAUUUUCAGUAUGUCGAACUUUAAACCAUCAUCCCAUUAUUUUCUUGUAGAUGAAUAAAAAAUAGUUGAUAAGUGCGUAAUGUUUGAUUUCCAGCUCUGUGCUUGUUCUCCCUACGACGAUGGAAAGUUUGCUUAAUGAUUAAUUUGUUCUGAGAUUCAUAUAGUUCGUUCAAAUUAAGAAAAAAAAUAGAUACUGCGUCGUCAGUCUUUAUUAUUUUGUAUUCUGACCCUGAUAAUGGCCUCUGCUGGUUUUUGUUUCCACAUUAACAAUAUGAAUCGCCUCAUUCUGUGAAUUUUGGCAAUUCUUUUGGUCGUAUGGCAUUUUCGUUCCACUGCAUCAUUCCAUAUUUGGCCCAUAUUUUCUCGGUUCCGGGACUAUAUUGUGGCUGAAACUAAUGUGCCUUCAAGGACCCAAUUCAGAUUUUCUGAGCCAUAUUUUGUGUUCUUUUUUAUCAUAAGGCUACAUAAGUUGAACUGGGUACUCCAGAAAGUCCACAGAUUGGCCAAACCUUUAACAAUUCUUGGACACAGUAGGGAUUUUGGAGCAUUUAUUUCGAGUGUCAUGGGUGAAGUCUUGAUGACUUGAUUUCUGUCCCGCAGGGUCUUUACUGUUUGCAUAAUUCCCCAGUCUCCCCCUCCCUUUCGUUCAAGUAUAUAAAUAAGAAAAAAAUUCCUGUGGCCGAGUUAUACAUUAAAUUAGAGAGCAAAGAAAUCCUGGAUGUAAAAGGAAAGCCUUUAGGUCUGGCAAGUGGUAUAACAAUAUAUAUGUGGGUUGUUUUUUCAACUUUCUGUUCUUACAUUUUGCAAGUUCCUUAGUUAAUGGACAUUCUUAUCAUCUCAAUGAGAGUGCAUCCAUAAUUUCUGAUAAAUGUGGACGUGCAUGCCUUGCAAUAUUGAUUUUCAAGUCAUAAAACAAUGUUCCUUCCUGGCAGUUUUUUUAGUGUUUUAAAAUGAUCUGUUACUAGUGUAUGCUUCUUGUGUUGCAGGAACUUAUUUUAUGCAUCUGAAUCUAAUCCUCCCUGAAUUGUGCUUAUAUGUAGAGCUUUCCUGGACAAGCAUUUUCGAGACAAAUAUGUUCUCAGAGGUUUUCGCCCUAGAGAACUGAUCAGUUUGCUUCUCUCUUGUCUUUCAGUUGGAGGCUGGGUAGCUUCGCUAUGUGUUGCAGGCUACACUGCACUAACUGUACGAAAAAUUGUCAAAACAGAAUUGAUACCAGCUGAAACAAUGACAAAACCCCCUCCAUUUACAAGCACUGAGAUUGGUGCAUGGACUGCUAUUUUCAUUUCUUCAUUUAUUCUCGCAUCUCUUGCACCAACAGCAUUAGGAACAAGUGCAAGAACGAGCCUUCCGUUUCUUCUAGCUGCUACAGUGUUAGGAUACAUGGUUGGUUCAGGGUAAUAUUUUCUUUCCCAGUUAUUUGGCAUCUAUCGAACCACACUGCAUAAUGUUCAAUAAUACUACGGCUCAUCUUGUUACAUUGUCUUUUUUGCUUUACAGGCUCCCAUCUGACGUCAGGAGGAUCUUUCAUCCAAUUGUCUGCUGUGUGUUAUCUGCAGAUUUGGCAGCCAUAAUUUUUGGGUAUUUGUCACAGUCAGGAAUGAAUCAUGUUCUAGGUUCGAAACCUUUUUUCUCUGCUUUUCUACGAACUUUACAAUCGAAUCACGUAAAACUAUGUAAUUUUUGUAUGAGGAAUAAUGGAAUAUGUACAGAUGUUUUCAGCUCCUUAUUUUUUUUAGAUGAAUUGAAAAGCAUUACUUGUAAAAAAAGAUGCAAUGAUCAACAAAACUUCAUGUUGGAUGUCAUAUUUGUGCCUUUCUCUACAUUACAUUAUUCUUGAUGGGUUUAACUGCGGAGCAUUCCUGCUGCAAGAAGAGGUGGGCAUAGGAUAGAUCCUUUUGGAAGUCUAGACUUUGAGAGAAGAUACAAGGUUCAAACAUAGAAGGAAGAGAAAGAAAAAUGGCCUGAGUUGGUAAGAAAAGAACUGAUGAAGUGCAAUUUCUUAGUAAGGUUUGGAUGAUUCUGGGCCCACACUACACAAAGCCUGUUCUUUGGGAAGUCAAUAUCUGCAUUCUUGGAGUAACAUGCAAAGAUCUAUGUGAUGAUUCAGUCUUUCACGGUAUUUGUUGAAAUGGAGAAAUAAACCUCAUCAUGAAGGACAGAGGGGAGAACGGUGGAAACCGCCUCAAGAAUCAUUUUACUCUAACCCCCAUUAUAUAGGGAGUAACAAUGCACAAAUUUUGCAAAAACACCCUCAACUAAUUAUUCUAUUUCCCUACGACCUAGAACUUCCAACAGUAUUCUGUUCCUGUGUAGAUACUUUCUAUUCUUAUCGUUACAUUUGAUUCUCAAGAAAUAUUAGGCUUCUAAGGAGGCUCCUUUUUGACCGUUUUGAUUCUCAUGAGCUUCUAGAAACGUUAAGAUUUUAGAAAUAUUCAUGCACAGAACUCUGUAAAUUCCAGGAGGACUCACAUACUGUUCAUGAAAUGAUCAAUAACCAGAAGAAAAUCUCUUAGUUAACUAAAAACGUUCACUAAGCUGUGCGGAGUGACAGCUACAAAUAUGAGUUUAUCUUCAGUUUUUACUCUUUAAUGGAUAAUCUACUGACUGAUUCUAUUUUUAUUUCGUGUUUAAAAAAUAAUAAUGCUUGUGCAGGGGACUACCUGACGAGGAUCCCCUCAAACCCUGGAGCCGGCGAUAUUCUUAUGGGGUUCUUGGGCUCUGUUAUCAUUUCUUUUGCCUUCUCGCUGUUCAAACAGAGAAGGGUAUGAUACUUCCUUCCAUGGAUGAAACUAUGCAUCCCUCAACUAUAUAUUGACCAAGCUCUCCUCAGUUAUUGGAAAAUUUACCUCUCUGAAAUUUUAUUCAAAUCAAGAAAAAAAAAGUAUUUCAUUUUUAUUACGUCAUAUAUCAUUUAAUUUGGGAGAUGAUGCUCUCUUGGUGACUGACAGUUCCACUUGCCCUUGUAUAGCUUGUCAAGAGGCACGCAGCUGAGAUAUUCUCAUCCAUUGUCAUCUCAACAAUUUUCUCCCUAUAUUCAACGGCCAUUUUAGGCCGGUUGGUCGGAUUAAAACCAACUUUGACCCUCUCGAUCCUCCCGAGAUGCAUAACUCUGGCGUUAGCACUCAGCAUAUCAUCAUUGUUCGAAGGUACCGACUUGAUACCCACUUUGGAAACUCUUUUUCGCUCUCUAAUAUGCUCAUUUUUGCUGGUUAUUUCUGAUGCCACGUCCAUGUAUGUUGAUCAGAAAUGUCUAAGAUUUUUCUCAUGUUGUUUAUGACCUGCAUUACUUGUACAACUAUUGUUCUAUAUUUGAUAUAGUUUCUUCUUUCUUGGCCCAACCCUCUCUCUCUCUCUCUCUCUCUCUCUCUCUAUCCCUCUCUCCUUUCUCUCUCUUAAUGGAGGACCCAGACACAGGUCUGAUAGUGAGAAAAUUUCUCACUAAAUUUCCCCCAUGUUUCAGGUACAAAUCCAUCACUUACUGCCACUGUAGUCGUCCUGACCGGACUUGUGGGGGCGAAUUUCGUCCAGGCGCUGCUCAACAAGCUCGGUUGGAAUGACCCCAUCGCCAGAGGAAUAGCAACAGCCUCAAGGUAUCCCCGUCGUUCAUUUAUGCUCCAUUUGUUCUAGUGCUUUCUAGAAUCAUUGAUACAUAAAUCCCCACCAGGCUGCUUACAGUGGGAAAGAAAAUAAUUGGGCUCCUUCGUCAUUCAAGAAUUUUCCUUGGACAUAAAACGAAAAAAAAUAUUUCUUUUGUGGAUGAUUCACCAGCAUGACUAUCUGAAUAAUCUUCAUGUGGCAUUUAUACUUCUGGAGGAUGAUAGUUGAGGUCAAUGGGUUUUUCUAAUCGUUUUAAGGUUUUCCAGGGGCAUAAAAAUAAUUUUUAAUUAUUCAUCGUGUAGAGUGCUAUCAGGAAGUUUUAAGGUUUUUUCAUUAUAUUAUUCUUUUGGAACCGAAGAUUCGGAAAAUUAUUUUUUUAUGGGAAUUGCUGAUAUAUUUAUCUGAGUAUUCUCUUUAUGAUGUUUCGCUUUAGGAGGUCAGUAAAAAAGGGAAGAAAUCACAUGGGCUUUUGCAGAAUUUUCCAACCAUUUCGCAGGGACUGAAACAUUAUCUCCAUCCGAAUAGCCUCCUCUCUCUGGCAUCAAAACUAAUUAAAAUAACCCUUCUUUUUCAUCAUGAAAAACCUUUUUUUUAGGGACAUAAAACAAAAAGGCCUUUUUUUCGACAUUUCGCAGGGGCAAAAAAAAUGGGUCUUUUUCAGCAUCCAAUCAUUUCUCAGGGACAUAAAAAAUAAUCUCCAUAUGAAUAGCCUCAUCUCUUUGGCGUCAAAACUAAUAAAAAUAACCCCAAGAAAAAUUGUCUUAAUGAAAAACUUUUUUAGGGACAUAUAAAGAAAAAGGCUUUUGUUUUUAGCACUACGAUUAUUGGCUAACACAUCUCCACAUGUUGUCUACAGUGCUCAUGGGCUGGGAACCGCCUCCCUCUCGGCCAAGGAGCCUGAGGCCCUCCCCUUCUGUGCGAUUGCCUAUGCGCUGACUGGGAUCUUUGGGUCCCUUCUCUGCUCGGUCCCUGUGGUGAGGCAAAGCCUGAUCUCCAUUGUCUCAUAA